CAUCUGCAAAAGAAAAAAAAAACCAAAAAGUCGGCAAAUUUUUUUGCAGCCGUAGUUUUUGCAAAAACUAGUACAGACUUCUCGUUCGUUAUUGGUGUUAGAAACUAACUCCAAGUUGAGUGUGCAAAAAAGGGGAAAAAGGUGCAAAUUCACAAGCGGCUGGAGAAGAAAACGGAACUAUUGCAUUGGGCCUCCGCCUUAACCCCCCGUCGCCGACGCCCCUCGCCCCCCUCCAAUCCCCCGCUGCGGACGCCGCUGUUCGUCGUUGUGCGCUUCGUUGUUGUUGUUGUUUCACUUGGAGAGCUCCGUUAAAUUGUGUUUUCUUUUUUAAUAUUGUUUUUGUUAUUGUUGUAAUCUAUAACUUAUCGGUUGGCACGACGGAAUCGUGCGAAUAUAUAGCCGGAAUGUCGAAGAACAAGCUGAACCUGGUGCUGCCGCCGGUAAAUACGGAGGCAACUGUUGCCGCGGCCACAGUGGCGCCGACGCCGCCGUUCAAAACCCCCUCGGGCACAGACACACACAGUUUGCUGGGGAAGCCGAAGACGAGCAUCGAUGCGCUGACGGAGACGCUGGAGGGCUUGAAGAUGGACGACACGGAACGCAAGCGGAUCAAGGUGUUCCUCAGCCAAAAGGAGAAGAUCGGCGAGCUGUCGGACGAGGAUCUGGAGAAGCUGGGCGAACUGGGAUCCGGAAAUGGCGGCGUGGUGAUGAAGGUUCGCCACACGCACACACACCUGAUUAUGGCCAGGAAACUGAUCCAUCUGGAGGUGAAGCCGGCGAUCAAGAAACAGAUCCUGCGCGAACUGAAGGUCCUGCACGAAUGCAAUUUCCCGCACAUCGUUGGAUUCUACGGCGCCUUCUACAGCGACGGAGAGAUCAGCAUCUGCAUGGAGUACAUGGACGGCGGUUCGCUGGAUCUGAUCCUCAAGCGGGCUGGUCGAAUACCGGAGUCCAUUCUCGGUCGGAUCACGCUGGCAGUGCUCAAGGGGCUUAGCUACCUGCGCGACAAGCAUGCCAUCAUCCACCGAGACGUGAAGCCGAGCAAUAUACUCGUCAACAGCAGCGGCGAGAUCAAGAUCUGUGAUUUCGGCGUCUCUGGCCAACUGAUCGACUCGAUGGCCAACUCCUUCGUGGGCACCCGCAGCUAUAUGUCGCCGGAGCGACUGCAGGGCACUCACUACUCGGUACAGUCGGACAUCUGGUCGCUGGGCCUGUCGCUGGUGGAGAUGGCCAUCGGUAUGUAUCCCAUCCCGCCGCCGAACACCGCCACCCUGGAGUCGAUAUUCGCGGAUAAUGCGGAGGAGGGCGGCCAGCCAACGGACGAGCCGAGGGCAAUGGCCAUCUUCGAGCUGCUGGACUACAUAGUGAACGAACCGCCGCCAAAGCUGGAGCACAAGAUCUUCUCCACAGAGUUCAAGGACUUUGUCGACAUCUGCCUGAAGAAGCAGCCCGACGAGCGGGCCGAUCUCAAGACCCUGCUGAGUCACCCGUGGAUACGCAAGGCGGAAGUGGAGGAGGUAGAUAUAUCCGGCUGGGUGUGCAAGACAAUGGAUCUGCCGCCGUCGACGCCAAAGCGGAAUACGUCGCCCAACUAGAUGCAGAUGCAGCUGCAGCUGCAUCGCGGCCCCCUGUCUUCUAUCCCCUCCCAUAUCCGCAUUUGCUCUUUGUUCAACGUCGCGUUGACGCCGGGCGAAACAACUGAACUAUUAUUAUUAUUAUUAUUAAAACGAAAAUAAAGAAAUCGAAGUCAUACCAUGUAA